UCAUCCUCUCUCUUCCACCCCAGCCAGAUGGCCAGGCCCCUGUCCACCCCCAGUCCUUCCCAGAUGCAAGCCCGGAAGAAACGCCGAGGGUGGUGCUUUCAGUCCCUCAGCUCUGCUGGGAUGUAGUGGCAGGGCCUCCCCUCAGGGUUAUUCUGAAGAGAACAUCAGAACAUCAACCUCUGGUGCUCAGAACCUUAGGCAGAUUGCUUCAGUGUUCUGUGUCUGGAAGAGGGCUCCCCCUUGCUGUUGACCCAUGACCCCAGAGUCUCCCCCUCUCCCGGACCAGAUCAUAGAAAAGCGGCGCCGGGACCGCAUUAACAGCAGCCUUUCGGAGCUUCGGCGCCUUGUCCCCACGGCCUUUGAGAAGCAGGGCUCCUCGAAGCUGGAGAAGGCUGAGGUUCUCCAGAUGACGGUUGAUCAUUUGAAAAUGCUCCACGCCACAGGAGGGGCAGGAUUCUUCAAUGCCCGAGCCUUGGCCAUUGACUUCCGGAGCAUCGGAUUUCGAGAAUGUCUCACUGAGGUCAUCAGAUACCUGGGUGUCCUUGAAGGACCCAGCAGCCGUGCAGACCCUGUCCGGAUUCGCCUUCUCUCCCACCUCAACAGCUACGCUGCUGAGAUGGAGCCCUGCCCUACGCCCCCUGGACCACUGGCCUUUGCUGCUUGGCCUUGGUCCUUCCUCCAUGGCUGUCCUGGUCUCUCAGCCCCUAGUAGUCAGCUUGCCCUCCUUGGCAGAGUGCCCAUCCCCGUGCCCCCCAGCACCUCCACACUUGCUUACCCACUCCCUGCCCUCCGAGCCCCACCUGUGCGCAGAGCCUCCGGCACUGCCCUGCCUGCCCGGAGGGGUUUACUAGCCAGUCGAGGGGCAGCUUCCACCAGGCGGGCUCGGACCCUGGAAAGGUCAGCUGCACCCCUGCCCACGGUCCCCAGUGGCAGGGCUGCCCAGAGCAGCCUCAUGGCUCCCCUCCUUCGAUCCCCUUCCCCUACACCCUCUGGGGUGGUGAGGUCCCCUGCUUACUCAGCUGUUCCUGCCCUUAGGGCUUCUUCCCCAGGGCCAGCAGGGAAGCCACCAAGCACUGGGCGCUGGAUUCCUGAGAUUGCAGAAAUAGGGGCUAUCUGAGCUGGAGUCUUUGAGUUACCAGCUCAGUCCUGCCUCUUAGCCUACUCCCUCCAAUGGCUCCGAGACUCUCACCCUGCUCAGGCCCCUCUCCCUGCCCUCUGGCCCCGAUGUCCUGCUCACAGCUGGCCCUGUGUGUCUACCCUGCUCAUGUGAGCCGCUCUGAGCUUGUUGACAAAUUUUCCCUAAACAGAGUCCAGGAGAGCCCCUCAGAGUUGUGCCCUGACUCUCCUACUCAGGACCCACAGGGCUAUAUACAUAAGUCUGGGAGCAACAACUUGAACCUGGGUGGCACCAUGGCUGGGGGCAGACUAUUCUUCCUGCCCCCACCCCAGGAAGUGAGACCCCACCCACCCUGUCCUUCUCAGGACCAGGGGUGGGAGUCGGGUGGACAGAACUCAGCAACUGCCUCGAUUUCUGGAAACAGUGGUCAAGAAAGGGCCAUCACAAGGCCUCCUGAAACCCUGUCUACCUGCCUCUGCUCUCCUGCAUCAGGAUCUCUGUCACACUGAACCUGCCCACCAAUAACCAAGCCAAGGACCUGGCUGGCAGGACCUGCUGCAGAUCCCCCUGCAGCCUGCGGACAGCUCCCCACACUCAGCUGGCAGUUGUGUCUGAGCAGCAGCCAGGAAGAUCUGGAACAGCCACCCCUACACCACCACCACUAACCCCCACAGAUAGGAGGCUGGCUGGACUGAGCCAUGGAGAGCCCCGAUCCUUCCCAAGGCGAGUGGCCCCAUUGAGCUCAGAGUGCCAAGGCCACAUUCCCAUGUGCCGGCUCCCAGAGAGACCCUCUGGGAUUCAGCACCAGACAUGCGCCUGGUUUGCAUCCGGCUCCAGCUCAUGGAGGGAGUACAGACUGCGGGGACAGACAGCCAAGGAUCUUGAGGCUGGACCAAAAUAACCAAAAAGAGGGCCCAGAGAGAGGACUGAGGAGGCAGCUGGGCCCUUCAAGGUCACGCAGAGGUCGGGGGGCCUGAGAACCAGUGUGUCUCCCCCACUCGACCCCCGGAUUCCACACAGCUGGUUCCACUCACAGACUGUCACCCCCACGCGCUGACCCAGUCUGCUGGCUUCCUCACAGAGGGAAACAUAUGGCCCAAUCUCCAUUCCCAGGGGCACAGCAGAGACUGGACCAGAUGGGGUGAUCACAGGACCUGAGCUGGACAGGGCCAAUGUCACCAGCCCAGACAUUCAAGUGUCUCAGAGCCACUCCGUGUCUGCUCCCUCCCUCCAGGGUCCUGACAUCUGGGAAGCUGCUGAAUAGUGGUUGCAGCUUCUGUGCCAGCCAUUGAGUGUUUCCAAAGCCACUGAGUGGGGGGGCUCUGCCUCCCUCUCCCUCUGAUCCUGUGGAGCCUUGUAGUUCUGAGGUCGAGUUUGCACAAACCCUGGGGAAAAGCACUCUCAGGGAAGUGGGACAGAGAGCAGAGAACAUUGGAAUGACCCAGAAAGCUCCUUUGAAAAAGCACAUUCCUCAAAGGCCGUGCUCAGGGGCAGGGCCUGGUCAAUGUGACCAUGAAGGGUCAUCAGGCCAGAGGUGGAGAGGGUAGGAUGGUCAAUGGGCUCUGAGGCAUUGGCAGAAAGCCAAGACCACCUUCCCUCUCUCCCCAAGAGUAGGAGCUUUCUCUUCCCAAUGCCCCUCCUCUCCUCCCUUCACUCCCCCUUCUCCCUGACCACCCUGGAUAGUUGUUCCUUGGUUCCCAGUAGCAGACUACUGCUGCAGUUGGGGUUGGGGUGUGAACUUCCUAAUGAGAGAACCCAAUGAGCUUCUCAUGGGACCAUGGGAAAUGAAUCUCUGGGUACCAACUCUCAAGAUGCUUGUGGGUACCCCCACAUGGGUUAGUGUUCCAGAUGCCCCCUAAGAAGGUGCCCAUGGUCCAGGGCUUCCAGCUUCCUUACCCAUUUUGAAUCUGUUCUCACCCAGAGACUGUGGAGGGUGAUACUCUGCCUACACCCUAUGUUUGAGCAUUUGUUUGUAGCCUAAAUUUUCCUGGUGCCCUCGACUCCCACCCCAUUACCAGGGGUAGCAGCCAAUAAAGAUUUUGUACUUCUGGAAA